CCAGUCCUCACUGCCUUCCAAAAACUCACUGCAUAAACCACAGACUGAGCAGCAGGUUGGAUAUUAAAAGCCUCAUAUGGCUACAACAAAGUGACAGCCUAUGAGUAAGAUCUUGACGAGACAAAGAAGAUCACGCCUCAAGUCACAGAGCGAUGGGAAACCAAUUCAAGGAACAAGAAACUGAAAUUAAACCAGGCUGGUUGGUGGAAAUUUCACAUUGCUCUUCUUCAUGAAGAACGUCAACAGGCUAUGGAUCAACCUUUCAUGAAAGGCUAAAGACUGAGGCCAAGAAUCUUCUGAGCAAUUUGGAACUGUGAAUAUGAAGAACAAAAAUCUAAAAACUGACUUCCUGUGCCGGUAACAAGCUGACUAUUUAUUGAACCAAACGCAAAGCAUCCACUAUGCCGUGUUGAGAGGAAAAAGAAGGUAAACUGAUGUGGUUGCAAAUGCUUAUGUGCACGCUUUUGCACUUUGACAGUAGGAUUAUGCAAUAUGAUAAGAGUGGUAAGAAGGCAGAUCUGUGAAAUGUAUACACACUGGAUUUGUAUACUUUUACAUGGCUCUUCAUAGAAUUUCAUGUUUGGGCUCUCUGACCUUUAAAAGCACUGCCUGAUUCCUUUUAAGCCAAACUCUAAUCAAUGACAAUGACAGAGAUGAACAAUUCAAGCUGUACCAAUGAUGACUUUAAAUAUGUGUUAUACAGCUCCGUAUUCAGUAUUGUCUUUGUUCUCGGGCUGUUCUUCAAUGUGGUGGCCAUGUACAUUUUCGUUUGCAGACUAAAAAUACGCAACGAGACCACAACAUACAUGCUGAACCUCAUGGUCUCAGACACCCUCUUCGUCUUCAGCUUGCCUUUCAGGACGUUCUACUUUAUUAACCGUCAGUGGCCUUUCGGUAAUGCUCUCUGCAAAAUCUCAGUGGCCUUGUUCUACACCAACAUGUACGGCAGUAUCCUUUUCCUCACGUGCAUCAGCAUGGACCGCUACCUGGCGAUCGUUUACCCCUUCGCGUCUAGAACACUGAGGACCAAGCGGAAUGCUAAAAUAGCCUGCUCUGUGAUCUGGGUAGUUCUGCUGUCGGGAAGCCUAACUGCAGGUUUCAUGAUGGACACCACUUCGAUAACAAACAACACAGUGUACUGUUUUGAAAACUACUCAAACUCCCAGUGGAAGUCCAAGGUAUCAAAAGUCGUGGUGCUUAUGGAAAUCGUGGGCUUCCUGAUUCCACUGAUGAUCAACUUUUUUUGCUCCACGAGGGUCCUACAGACCUUACGACACCCGGAGAGCAUCAGCCGCGGAGGGCAGCUGAAUAAGGCUAAGAUAUUGCGCAUGAUUGUUGUGCACUUGCUCAUUUUCUGUUUUUGCUUCAUUCCGUACAACGUCAAUCUGGUAUUCUACACCCUGGUUCGAAGUCAGGUUAUUACAAACUGCACUGUGGAGUCAGUGGUCCGGACAAUUUAUCCAAUUGCAUUUUGCAUCGCCGUGACCAACUGUUGCUUUGACCCAGUGAUCUAUUACUUCACCUCCGAGACGAUUCAGAACUCCAUCAAACGGAAGUCUUAUGCUCGCAAAAACACGCUAAACAACACAAUUGACAAGAGUGUUAACAACAGAAGUGAUUCGAUGAAUAAAAUUGCAUCUCUUAAAGUUAAAUUCAUCAUUGAAGAGUCUACAAUAUGACCGAAGUUCAGGCAGCAAUUGUUUUGUUUUUUUUACCAUAUUCUCAUCUGACAUACUCAGCCAAUGCAUACUUAGCAAUUGGUUGGCAUGGGAUGUAUUUGACUGAUAACUAACAGAAGACUACUGAACUUGAAG